UUGUUACCAUUUAUAUAUUUUUUUUCCAUUUUAUUAUUCAUUCACAAAAAUAAAAAUGUCGACACCCGUACGGGCUGUUCGUCAAGUAAAGCCAGUUUUAUCAUUAUCUAAAGCUGAAGCUCAUAGAAGAGUCUUAAAUUUAUACAGAUCAUGGUACCGACAAAUACCUUAUAUUCUAUUGGAUUAUCAUAUUCCCAAGAGUGAAGAUGACUUGAAAGCCAAAAUUCGAGAAAAGUUUUACGAAAACAAAAAUGUCACUGAUAUACGUAUAAUUGAUCUUCUUGUCGUUAAGGGUCAGAUGGAGCUGAAAGAAACGUCAGAGAAGUGGAAAAAUAAAGGAACUUUAAUGAAUUACUUCAAUGAUACUGUCGAAAAAAAGCCAACUGGUUUUAUGGCAAAGUUUUUGAAUGGUCAAGAUUAAUUUUGAACUGUUAAAAGUAGUUUAAGAAUUAUUAAAAAAUUUUCGUUAUUAACUAAGCUCUUCUCUAGUAAUUUAAGAUGAAGAUAAUAAACUGUAUAUAAGAGAUUA